AUCUAUGUGAGACGAGACCCCAGCAUCCCCACCUAUGGACUCCGUCAGUCCAUCUUACUGAACACCAGGCUUCAGGACUGCUACGUGGACUCACCAGCUCUCACCAACAUAUGGAUGGCCAGGACACGUGCAAAGCCGAAUGUCAAUGCCCUGGCACAGGGUAUCACCUCUUCUUGGGAAGUUGUAAAGAACCCAAUGAUUGCCAGUUCAUUCUCUCUGGUUAAGCUUGUGCUCAGGCGACAACUGAAGGAUAAAUGCUGCCCAGUACCCUACAAGUUUGGAGAAGCAAAACCCCCAAAGAGAUUAAAGCCCAAGGACAAUUCAGCGAUAGAAGCCACCCAACGGGGCAGGAUAAGAAACCCUGUCAGUUCCAAGAGCAAGGGGACGGCCAGACGGUUGCCAGGCUCAUCCAGGCGCAGGAAGCCUGUGGGAGGCAUCAAGAAGAGUAAAGAAAGUUCAAAGGAGAAAAAAGCAACAGCCCGCCAAGAUCUUGAGGACAGAUAUGCCGAACAUGUGGCUGCCACCCAAACGCUACCCCGGGACGGUGGGACAGUGGCCUGGAAGGGCUGGGCCCUGCUUCCGGAAGCCAGAAAGAGACGGCAGUUGUCAGAGGACACGCUAACCAUCCACGGCCUCUCCACAGAGGGUUACCGGGCUCUGUACCACGCUGUGGUUGAGCCAAUGCUGUGGAAUCCUUCGGGGACCCCCAAGAGGUACAGCUUGGAGCUGGGCAAGGCCAUUAAAGGAAAGCUCUGGGAGGCUCUGUGCAGCCAGGGCACCACCCCUGAAGGUGCUCAAACCUGCCUGGGCAGGAAGCAGCUGGAUGGCAACGAGGAGGCUGUGCCAAAGAAAUGGCCCAAGUUAAGGAGUGAGAAAUAG